AUGGCUGGUCCUUUGGCAAUCGAUGGAUGGAUAAGGGGUUUGGAUCGAAUCUUUAAGCAUCUCAGCUGCAUUGAUGCCCAAAAGGUUUUAUGUGCGAAGUUCAUGCUAGUGGAUGCGACGAGCCACUGGUGGGAGUCCGCUUCACGUACUAGGACUGAGACACAACAAAGCAACCUUACAUGGGCACGUUUCAAAGAGGAGGUGAUGGAAAAAUACUUCCCACAAGCCCUAAGAGAUCAUAAGGAGACGGAAUUUCUGCAACUUAAGCAGGGAAAGAUGGCAUUGAUCAACUUGAGAGAAAGUUUGAACAACUUUCUAGAAAUUGAUCAGAAAUUGAUCAGACAAUGUGAGAAAGCACUGAAUUUUCAGGAAAGAGGAAAUGGAAUGGGCCGAACAAGGAUAAAGGAAAUGGACAAAACAAGAGGACUAGUUCUGAAAGGUGGGCAGAGUCAAGCAAGCCGAAUAAUGUUCUUACUCUCUGUCAAGUGCAAUAAGACCCAUAGAGGCAAGUGUUGGUAUGGAAAGAAUGUGUGCUAUCGAUGUGGAAAACAUGGUCAUAUUGCUACAAAUUGCCAUGAACCUCCACCAAAGCGGGAGAACAAACAAAGCAAAAAGGGAGCAGCCAAAGUGUUUGCCUUAACCCAAAAGGAGGAAACUGAAAAUUAA